UCUCGAGUUAUACCAAUCCAAUUAAGGCGUGUGAGAUACCCAAAGAAAGCUCUCAAGACGAGGAAUCUGUGAAGGGCUGGUUUGCAUCAAUCGGAGUAGUGGAAGGCUUCCAAAUCGUCCGAGCAAAACACAACCUCGCAGAGACGGAUCUACUCUUCUAAAGAAUCGAGUUAGCCGGAAAACACCCGUUCUAGGGGCUGUUUUCGUAUCAACGAUUCGGAUUUGAAAUAGCAACUUGAGGAGGCUGUUUAGCACACAUUUUCAAGUAAGGAACUAGUUCCCAAUCUUCCUUAGCCGAGGCUUUGGUCAUUGGAUCGAGAAGGAAAGUUUUAAAGCUCAUUUGAGGUUGAGGCUAGAGCUUGCUUCCUGUGCUCGUUGCUCGAGAGAUCAUCUAGGAGCGAAGACUUGGUUCGUGCUUCCUCCAUUCGGAUUUUAAACAUUAAUAAACAUGCUCAUGGAUAUUUUACUAUGGAGCCUGCGUGCUCAUGAAUAGCCCGGUGUGGCCUUUUUGUUUUAAACAAUGUUUUCCGCUGCAUUACGAAUUACUUAUUAUGUUUGUUUAUGGAUGGCUUACAUGUGAAUUAUAUUCGAGACGCCUUGUAUAAUAUGAAUGUGUUGGACUGCGGUUGACUAUUCGUAUUGUACGGCGGGUUGUUGACGUGUCCGGGGGGGGGUCCGGGGCGUGACAAUUAAGUUGGUAUCAGAGCCUUAGUCCAUAAACUUCAUAAGGAAGUCUCAAAAUUCUCUUUUUGAAAAGAUUUUGAAAACCAUGAGCAUAGAAGUUUUGUACUUGGAGAGCUUUUGGUACUUGGGUUGCAAGGUCUCUAAUUGUUAAGAUGGUACCCUUAGCAAUUGGUAUGGCGGCGACUCGAGCCAAAAUGUGUCUUAAGUACCUAUCCGUCAAUUGACAUUUGAUACGAGUCUAAUGACUCUUUCCAAACUUCUUUCAGAAAUGGACCGUGGUGGCAGGAUUACUAGGAGAAACCCGACCGGCCGUGUACCAGUGGAGACUGGACAGGGCAGUCGAAGGACCUCUAGGGCAUCUAGAGGAGCUGGCCAUGGAGGCCGGUCACAGACCGUGAGUGACGGUCAUGUUGACACACAAAGUGAAACCUACUGGUCCUAUGAGGACUCGACUUACCAACCGGAAAUCGAGCCGGUUGAGACCCCUUACGAAGGGGAUGACGAUGAUGUAAGUGAUGAAGAGGGGGAGAAUGACUCCCUAGCAAGAAUUGAGGCGCUGCUCCAACAAUAUCAACGGGAGCGCGAGGAAAGGAGGGAACGCCGAAGGCGCCGGGGAGGGCGAAUUUCGGGUGAGGCUUCAAGAGGAAGAAGCCAUGGCGAUUCUCGGGCCCACGUUGAACCACAUGGGGGCCGGGGUGAUGGAGGUCCAAUCAUAAGGAUCUCCAAGUACAUCAAAGAGGCACGAGAUUUGGGGUGCAAACCCUUCAACGGAGCAGGCGACAUCUCGGUCGCCGCGGAAUGGAUCAAGAGGUUGAACGAAGCAGCCCUUGAUAUGCAACUCACCCCCGAAUUUAAACUAAGGGUGGCGGUGAGAUUGCUUGAAGGUAUGGCAUCCACAUGGUGGGACGGAGUCAAGGGAAAGUAUGGCAAUACUGUGACUUGGGAGAAUUUCCGACAGGAGUUCUUUGCCCAAUACUAUUCUGAUUUUGAGGUGAACGCUAAGAGGAGAGAGUAUACCCUCCUGACCCAAGGAGGCAAAAUGACGGUGAGGCAACUUGAACACAAAUUCAGGGAGCUCGCGGAAUUCAUAACGGAGUAUGUGUGUGACGAGAACCGGAUGGUAAAUCACUUCUGGGAUGCCUUAGACCUGGAGGUGCGUGAGAGGGCAACACAGUUGCCUAACAUGACCUUUAGCCAAGUGGUCGAGCAAGGGUUAAAAGGAGAGAAAGAAUGGGAAGAGAGGAAGUUGAAAAACGCCGAAGAGGCGAAGAAGAGAAAGUGGGAGAACCUUGGACCUCAAGGUCCUAGCAAAAAGGGGAACCAUGGGGGAGGGGGAUCUUUUCGGACACCCCCACCGCCAUCUAGGGGAAGUCAAGGCCCGGGCAGGCAAUCACAAGCCUCGGGGGUGACUCGUUGCAAGAAUUGCAAGAGGAACCACCCGGGGAAAUGCCGUGACCCUCCUAGAUGCUACCAAUGCGGGAGCACCGGACACAUGAAGAUGAGUUGCCCACAACUGGGCGGGACAAGGGCAUCAGGGCCAAGUAGUGGUAAUACCGGGACAUGGAAUCAAGCCGGGACUUCACAAGCGUCCAGGGGGCAAGGGGGAGCAAGCGCAAGCAACGCGCCGUCCGUGAAUCAAGGAAGGACUCAAGCGAGAGUGUACGCAAUGACCGAGGCAGAUGCUCGGGAUAAUCCCGACUCCGUCGCAGGUAAUACACUUA